CACGAAAGGUGGGUUUGAUUUUUCUUUCUUUUUUUUUCCCCCUGAGUGGGAGGAUUCAGGAUGUCAGCCAAUAUGUGACAGAAGCGAUGGGACGCUGAGAGUGUAAAGUAGGAGUACUGCACGACGGGAACAGUAAAGUUUAUCUAGAGGCAAGAAAAUAAAAUAAAUUCACUUCAAAUGGCGGCAGAGUAUUCUGACCUUGAGAAGGCCAUUAACACCUUGGUCACAAACUUCCAUGCUGCUUCUCCUGAUAAUCGGCCUACGCUGAAGGUAGAUGAGUUCAAGAACCUUCUCUCCUCCCAGCUGCCAACCUUAGUCAAGUCGGAUCAUUUUGGAGAAGUGCUGAAGCAAAUGGGUGUGAAAGAUGGAGAAGGCAUCAGCUUCAAACACUUCUGGGGCCUGAUCCAGAACUUGGCCACAACCCAGCAUGGUCUGCUCAGCCACGAGAAGUUGUCCAAAUGCACCUGCCUUUUACUAUGAGCCGCAGACUUCAGCUGCAUCUGCCACUAAGAUCUGGUCUCUCUGCAUCUCUGCAUUUAUCCAGAACCACUCAUCUCCAGACAAAACACUAACUUUCCUUCCUAAACAUUCCAAUAAAAUGCUGACAAAAUAAA